UAAUCAGUUUUUUUCUUUUUCCCUCCCCAGCUCAUCCCCCCCUUUUCCCCUUAUCUCUCAUUAUCUCCCUAUCGUAGUUGGCGGAUCUCCAAUUCUCAGCAGUACCAUUUCCUUGAUUCACUCUUCAUCUGACCCAUUCAACCAAUUGUCUUUCCCCUUUGCUUCUCAUACUACAUCCACAUGGGCACAAUGAUGAUACCUCAAAAUUUCUGCUUCUCAUUUUUUGGUGAACCUGUGGGAUGGCAUCAAUCAUUCAAUUUUUUUGGCAGUUUUCUCAAUUGGUGAUAUGGAUUACCUUCCUGUUGAGGUCAUUGGGAAUAUCCUCUCCCAACUAGGGGCAGCGAGGGAUGUGAUUGUAGCAUCUGCAACGUGUAGAAAGUGGCGGGAAGCUUGUCGUAAACACCUCCAUACUCUUUCGUUCAAUUCUCAUGAUUGGCCACUCUAUCGAGACCUAAGUACUAGUAGGUUAGAGAUACUGAUUACUCAAACAUUGUUUCAAACAUCAGGCUUACAAUGUUUAUCCAUAUUGAUGGAUGAUGUGGAUGAGUUCUCAGCUUCCAUUGUGGUUGCUUGGCUCAUGUAUACAAGAGAAUCAUUGCAAUGGUUGUUUUACAACGUUCGUACUACUCCAAAGAUCGAUAUUCUUGAUAUAUGCGGGCGACAGAAGCUGGAAAUGUUGGUGCUUGCUCAUAAUUCUGUAUCAGGGGUUGAACCAAAUUAUCAGAAGUUCCUUUGCCUAAAAUCCCUUUCAUUAAGUUAUGUCAGUAUUUCGGCAUUGGAUCUGAAUUUAUUACUGACAGCUUGUCCGAAGAUUGAAACUUUAGCACUUGUGAAUCCAGAGAUUGCAAUGUCAGAUGCACAGGUAACUGUUGAGCUGAACACCAGUACACUAAAGAGUAUCUACGUUGAAGCAAUAAGUUUGGACAAGUUUAUAUUGGAAACUGAUAGCCUUGAGAAUCUGCACUUAAAAGACUGUGCGCUUGAGCUUUUUGAGCUCAUUGGAAAAGGAACUUUGAAGUAUUUCAAGAUUGAUGAUGUUAGUAUUAUACAUCUUGAUGUUGGUGAUGCUGUUGAUAAUCUUGAAACUGUAGAUGUUAGUAAUUUCACGAUAAAUUGGUCCAAGUUCUAUCAGAUGAUUUCGAAAUCAUCCACAUUGAGAAGUCUCCGGUUAUGGGAUGUUGUAUUUGAUGAAGAGGACGAGAUUGUGGACGUGGAAACAAUUGCACUUUGCUUCCCACAAUUAAAUCAUCUUGCACUUGCUUAUGAUUUAAGAGAUGACUUAAGGGAGGGAAUUCUCCACUAUGGUUUACAAGGGUUAUCUCUAUUAGAGAAUGUCAAUGUGUUGGAGCUGGGAUCGACGGUAAUUAAUGACGUCUUUACUCAUUGGGUUGCUGGUCUACUGCAAAGAUGCCCUAAUCUCAGUAAAUUAGUUAUUCAUGGAGUGAUUUCAGAGACUAAAACACAUGAAGAGUGCCAAAUGUUGGCCAGCUUUACCUCAUCUAUUGUUCAGCUGAUGAGGAGAUAUAUUCAUGUAGAUGUGCAGUUUGAAUUUGAGUAGAUGAGAAACAUAUGAUAAUUUGGAAUAUUGGGCUCAAUCAUCAAUAGCAGAGGCAAGGUAGAAAAGGAGACCUAUAACCCACCGUCAACGGAGGAGAUGGGCUAGUGUGCUAUAAUGCGUCAAAAUUCCAAAUGUUGUUUCCUUAAGUUGGAGAUUUUCACGUUCCAACAGGUCAUGUCUAAAGACGGAAAGUAGGAAGUCUACCACACCGCUUGAUCUUUUCAUAUAACUAUGAUGAAAGUUAAUCACCCAAUCAAUUGACAACUUAGAUUCUUUUUCCUUCUUUUCUUCUAGAAGGCUGGAGUGGCAGCAAUCAGAGGCCAGAUCUUAGUUCACCUUUUUCUUAACUUAUGUAUGAGAAGAUAUCAACUACUAAAAUGCAUUGAAGGAAAUGAGAAUUUUAACUAAGAUUAAGCUCAUUUUUUUUCUACAAAUGGAUUUAAGCUUCGUUGAUAGGACUUAUAUCUCUUGUAUGUUAGUCCACUGGCUGUGGUGGUGGAAUGAAAUGUCAUAGUAAUAAUCUGCAACAAGCAGUUUUGAUCAA